AAAAUGCUUUACCUUGAUUCAUAGCACAUUCAUUGUGAAUAAAAUAGAGUAUACACAAAUGAAAUUAAUAAAACCUAGUCACCUAAGAUAUCACUUUUAUUGAUUGUACAAAGAAAGAGAUCAGGGAAUAAUGGUUACCGCCUAUUACAUCUCGAAAUUAUCUAAGAAGUCCGAUAAUCUCGCCAUUGACAAAUACUAUCAAUAUUUACUAAAAAACUUCGUGUGCUUAAAAACAGAGGAUGAUGUUCAAAAUCAUUGCAGAGUGUGUUUAAAACCUAGCAGUGUCUCUAUAUAUGAUAACUAUAAUUCUUCAGAUAUACUGGAUGUAUUGAAAAGUUGGAGUGGCGUUACUAUCGAAGAAAACGAUGAAUAUCCUCAAAGUUUAUGCUCGAAAUGUUACAUGUUUAUAAAAACGGCUAUUUUGUUCAAAAAGAAAGCGCAGCAGACUGAGGCAGCUUUAAAGCAAUAUCACUACUUUAAAGUUGAAGCUAAUUGUGAGGGCUCAGGUCUGAGUCAGAACUUUAAUGAUGAUAGGGAUGACGAUACAACGGAUCAGUUAGAUGCUGAUGGAGACAGCUGGCCAACUGAGGAGCCCGCUAUCAAUGUACCAGUCAAACCAGACAAGAAUGAGGAAAAAGUAAAACUUUCACCUAAAGUCACUUGCAGAAUAUGUGGAAAAAUUGUAAACAGAUCAUACUACAGAGAACAUCUCACAAUGCAUGACCCUAAUCCCCAUCAAUGGGUCUGUGAAGUUUGCGGGAAAUCCUUCCGCUUAAGAUGUGCCUACCACAACCACAGCUUGCGUCACAGGAAUGAUUUUCCCCACAAAUGCCCCAUAUGCCCUUACCGGGGCCGCUACAAAGAACUACUGAAAACUCAUAUGCGGACACACUCUGGAGACUACCGAUACAUGUGUACUGAAUGCCCAGCAAGAUUCCUAUUUAAAAGUAAUCUAAACACACACAUGCUGAAACAUAAAGAGCCUCAAUUUAAGUGUGAUUCUUGUAAAAGAGCUUUUCACUCCAAGCUGUUUUUACAAAGGCAUUAUGAGGCAGACCACUUGGGUAUAAGGAACCAUGUUUGUAACAUUUGUGGAAAGGCUUUUGGUUACCGAAAUGCUAUGAUGAAGCAUCAACGGCAUGUUCAUAAGAGAGAGAAGUCUAUGUUCGGGAGGAUGCCAUCUUAUUUAGCUGAAAAUAAGCAGCAGCAAAAUAAUGAUAAUCAAUAAUAUGUAAAAAAAACUUUAAUAAUAGACUUUUUUGUAAUACAAAAAUUCACUUUAAAUGUAAUAUUCAGACGUAGGAAUCUGUGGGCCAAAAUUGUUUGACAAAUAGAGAAUUCCUGUAUUGAUAAACUCAAUUAUUGAUGCGAGUUCUAUAUACUAGUGAUCACUCAAGGGUUUGCUUGUAAAAAUAUGUUUUUAUUAACAGUAAAAAAAAUAAAGACAUUCACGAAGAAAAAAAUUGGGAUGGGUAAAAUUAUAAAAUUGUCUUGUCUUGUUUUAAAAAUGAAGAAGAGUAUAUUGAGUUAUUAUUUUAAAAAAAAUUUACUUUUAAUAAAAACAUAUUAUUACAAGCAAACCCUUGAGUGAUCACUAGUAUAUAGAACUAGCAUCAAUAGUUCCCUACCCUUACUCAAACAAUUUUGCCCUGCGGAUUCUUAUGUCUGGUAAUAUUAAAUAAAUCUUAGCAUAAUUAUCUUA